CACUCCGCCGCUACCUGCCGGGCGGAAUGGACGCUUCCCUCGGAGCUCCCCGCUGCAGCCUCAGCCCGGCGGAGCCGACAUGACGGCCGCGGCUCGGGAGAGGCCGGGCCGCCCGCCGCCGCUCCGUCCCGAGGCGGCGUGGGCGGCGGGGCGCUGCGCCGUGCUGGCCGCGCUGUGCGCGCUCUGCUACGGCAACUCGGUGCACGGAGAGUUGGUGCACGACGACGUGUGGGCGAUCGUCAACAACCCGGACGUCCGAGCGGGCUCCGGCCUGCGGAGCAUCUUCAGCAACGACUUCUGGGGCAAGAGGAUGGCGGACAACAGCAGCCACAAGUCCUACCGGCCGCUCUGCAUCCUCACCUUCAAGCUGAACGUCCUGCUGGGCGGCUUCCAGCCGCUCUACUUCCACCUGGUCAACGUGUGUCUGCACGCCGCCGUCACCUGCCUGCUCAUGCUGACGUGCGAGCGCUGCGUGUUCCGGAGCCGCCGCCUGGCCUUCGUGGCGGCGCUGCUGUUCACCGUGCACCCCGUGCACACCGAGGCGGUGUCUGGGAUCGUGGGCAGGGCCGACGUCCUGGCCUGCCUGCUCUUCCUGCUGACAUUCCUCUCCUAUAUUAGGAGCGUGAGCGCCGGCGCCGGCGUCCCGGAGCCCCCCACCUCGCCCCCCACGGCGCCCCCCACGGCGUCGGCCGGCUCCCUGCUGGCGGCGCUGGUCCUGGGCACCUGCGCCAUGCUGGUGAAGGAGACGGGCGUCACCGUGUUCGGAGUGUGCGUGCUGUACGACGCCCUGGUGCUCUGCCGCCGCCCGCUCGUCUGUGUCCUGUCCAGCUCCAGACUCGGGGACGUCCUCCUCCUCUGCAGGCCCCUCAUCAAGCGCGCCGGCCUCGUCUCGGCCUACGUGGCGCUCAUCAUGUCCGUGAGGCUGUGGCUGAUGGGAGGAUCCAUGCCGCUCUUCUCCGAGCAGGAUAACCCCGCCUCCUUCUCGCCUCACCUGCUCACCAGGAUGCUCACCUACUCCUUCCUGCUGUCCUUCAACGCCUGGCUGCUGCUCGCCCCCGUGGUCCUGUGCUACGACUGGCAGGUGGGCAGCAUCCCCCUGGUGGAGUCGCUGGGCGACGCCCGCAACGCCGCCACGCUGCUGCUGGCCGCCGUCAUGCUGGCCCUGAGCGUCCGCUGCGUCGUCUCGCUGCAGAGGCAGGACAGCAGGGAGCUGCUGGUGGGCCUGCUGUUCCUGGUGUUCCCCUUCAUCCCGGCCAGCAACCUCUUCUUCAGGGUGGGCUUCGUGGUGGCCGAGCGCGUCCUCUACAUGCCCAGCAUGGGCUACUGCGUCCUGGUGGCGCACGGCCUGGGCCGGCUGUGCUCGCUGCUGGGCCGCUGGGGGACGGCCGUCCUCAGCGUCUCCCUGCUGCUGCUGCUGCUGCUCUUCUCCUGGAAGACGGUCCAGCAGAACCACGUCUGGCUGUCCAGGGAGGCUCUGUUCCGCUCCGGCAUCCAGACCCUGCCUCACAACGCCAAAGUUCACUACAACUACGCCAACUUCCUGAAAGACAGCGGCCGGCACCAGGAGGCCAUCCUCCACUACACCGCCGCGCUCAGGUUGUACCCCCGCCACGCCAGCGCCAUGAACAACCUGGGAACUCUGACCCGCAGCGUGGAGGAGGCCGAGCGCUACUACAGGAAGGCUCUGGAGACCAACCCGCAGCACAACCGGGCCCUGUUCAACCUGGGAAACCUGCUCAAGUCCCAGGGGAAGGAGAAGGAGGCCGAGGCUCUGCUCAAGGACUCCAUCCACUUCGGGCCUCACUUUGCCGACGCUUACUCCAGUUUGGCUUCGCUCUACGCCGAGCAGAAACGCCUUGCUGAAGCUAACGAGGUGUAUCUGAAGGGGAUCGAGAAUUGCCCCGACAGCUCCGACCUCCAUAACAACUACGGCGUGUUCCUGGUGGAUGCAGGGAAGGGCGAGCUGGCCGCCGCCCACUACCAGCAGGCCGUGCGGCUCAAGCCGGCGCACUACGUGGCCAUGGUCAACCUGGGCCGCCUGCUGCGCUCGUCCAAUGAGAACGAAGAGGCCGAGUCCUGGUACAAGAGGGCGCUGCAGGUGACCAGGAAGGUGGACAUCCUGACGCCGCUGGGGGCGCUGUACUACAACACGGGGCGCUACGAGGAGGCGCUGCAGGUCUACAGGGAGGCCGCGGCGCUGCAGCCGGACAGCACCGACAUCUGGCUGGCUCUGGCCCAGGUGCUGGCCAUGGCGGGCCGCUCCAGCGAGGCGGAGGCCAUGACGCUGGACAUCAUCUCCCGGGAGGGCGGCUGCAUCGAGUGCUACCGCCUCCUGUCCGCCAUCUACAGCAAGCGGGGGAACUACACCCAGGCUCUGGACGCUCUGGACCGGGCCCUGCAGCAGAACCCUCCGGACCAGACGGUGAGAGCAGAGCUGUACUUCUCUAAAGGGAACCAGCUGAGAGAGAUGAACCAGCUGGACCGAGCCUUCCAGAGCUACCAGCUGGCCGUGGAGCUCAAACCCGACCAGUCGCAGGCCUGGAUGAACAUGGGAGGGAUCCAGCACAUCAAGGGGGACUAUGCAGCAGCCAGGAUGUACUACCAGAGAGCGCUGCUCUUGAGUCCCGGCUCCAAACUCCUGAAGGAGAACCUGGCCAAGCUGGACCGGCUGGAGAAGAGGCUGACGGGGGGAGGGGUAGACCACCACAGCCCCCACUGACCCCGCCCCGACCCCCGGGACUCUGAGGCCGACCGGAGGAUCGGCUGGUCUGAGACCAGCGGAGCUUCAGUCCAGCCCGGGGGGGGCUCUUCCUGUGGAGACAGUGGGACUGAAGUGGAGGACGUGAUGGACGACUCCACAAACUCCAGAAGGAUCCAGAAGAUCAGAUCUCCACCGACACAUCAGAGCCUUGAAAACACUCUGGAUUUCAGCAGAAACGCUGUGAGCUCAUCUGAAACACUCCGGAUUAAAGCAAACUUCAGAAUGUCGUGAACAAAGAGACCAGAGUUUAAAAUCCACGAAUGAAAACCAGGAGAAGGACAGGAGGAACGUUCACAGUGAAGAUAAAGAGACAUCCUGGAUGAAGUCAGGAUUGUCCUGCAGAGCUUCCUCACAGAUUCCUCUUCCUGCAGUUCUGCCGUGUGAGACGUUAUUAUGAAGCUCAUUGUUCAGAUGUGAUCCUCAUGGAGCCAGACGGACUUGGGAACUAUGAAGAGCCAGAACCAAGUCCUCUUUCUCAGUGUCCGUAACCAGGUUUCACGUUAUGUUUAUUUAUUUCAUUAAGGAUUGCAUCUCCUGCUAAAACUCUCCCUGAAGCGCUCCUCUCAGCCCGAGCUCCAUCCAGGACCUUCUGAGAACACGAGCUGCUCCACAGCAGGGCAGCAUUCUGGGUAACGGCUGCUGUCGGCGGGGAUUUACCUGCUCAGAAGAUACCCUGCUCCGUGGGAUCGGCCUUGGCUUCGGUUCUGACUGGGUUUAUGUUCUGACUGGUUGUUCCAGGUGGAAACGAAGUGACGAGUGCAUCGGUUGACUUGCACCGAGUUAAAAGAAUAAAGUUUAUG